UCAAUUUGCCUCUUAGCUGUUAAUAAAAAUCAUAAAUUGAUAAAUCACAAAUCUUUAUUUAAUUUAAUUAAUGAAAACCUCACGUCUUUUAACUCUAUAUAUUAUUUGUAAGUAGAGUAAUCUAGUUCUAUUCAUAACAAAAUGGCUACAAACGAAAAACAGUUCUUCGGACCAUUAACAUUGCACCAAAAGAGUGAGAACCCAUCGAUAUUUAAGACGGACACACCAAACGAGUGUCCCUGUGUUUUGUGUGACGAAGUUUACGUAUUACCGGCAUCAGAGAAGCAGUUCCUGACGCACUUGUUCAUGGAACACCGUCUGGUUAUUGGUGACGCCAACCAGAUAGCAGAUUUACCAGGUUACAUGAAGUACUGGAAGUUGAGAUUUAAAGAUCAAAAUCUUCCUUUCUUCUGCACCACAAUGCUCCUUGACAACAAACCAGAUGGAACAAAGUCAAAAAACGAAGAAUACUUUUUACUGAGCGAUGUUUUACCUGAGGAAAAGGAACUCCGAUUGAAUCUACGUCAAAGUAAAUUAGAAACAUUACUAGAAAGGCAUGCAUUUGAAAGAGAAGACAAAGAAUAUUCUAAGGAGUGUCUGUUUUGUAGAUUUGUAUCAAAUGAUACCAGAGCUAGCUACUUAAAACAUUUGUACGAAAAACACAACUUCCAUAUAGCCAAACCUGACAAUUUAAUAUUUAUUGAUGACUUAAUAGAUUUGAUAAGCUCAAAAUUAGAUAAAUUACAGUGCAUUUUCUGUGAAGGUCUGUUUAAAGAUCGGACAAUUUUAAAAGAGCACAUGCGAAAGAAAGGCCAUAAAAGAAUUAAUCCUGUCAACAAGGAGUAUGAUAAGUUCUUUUUAGUUAAUUAUAUUGGUGAUAAGCAUCCUGUCAAUAAGCAAAAACCGUACAAUAUGUCGAGUAGUUCAAAAAUGUAUAAUAUUAAAGUAAGGGAAGAGGAAUAUGAACCGGAUUCCAACAUCGAUAGUGACCCAGAAUGGUCAGAAUGGACUGAAGAAAAUGGUCCUUUAAUAACAUGCUUGUUAUGUGAACAUACAGAUGUGGAAUACGAAAACAUACUAGACCAUAUGGAGAAAAAACAUGAAUUCUCCUUUUCCAAAGCAACAACAGGAUUGAACUUUUACCAUAAAAUCAAAAUUGUGAACUACAUUCGAAGGCUGAUACAUUUAAAACAAUGUUUAGCGUGUGAAACGAAGUUUGACGCCUCAAAUAAUUUGGAAAAACACUUAAAAGAAAUGAAACACUGGAUUUUGAAGAAGGAGAAGUGGGACCAGCCUGAAUAUUACUUCCCGACAUAUGAAGAUGAUCUAUUUCUAUGUUUCAUUCACGAUGAAGAUGAAAGUUGGUGGUCAGGUGAUGAAAGAGAAGUGGAAAAUCAGAAUAGCAUGUCAGAUAAUAUAUCUAAAGAGAUGGCAAUGGCUGUUCUUGGUGAUUGAACUAACUGUCGUUAAUUUUAGUGACAAUAAGUAUUUUCACCUUAAAGGUAGGGGUUGAAGUAUAAAUAGUGGGAUUCUAAAUAUGAUACCCACAUUAAGCUUUGUUGUCGUAAGCAUAAGCUUUUUGCUUUGUUAAAGCAGAAAAGUAGGCUUUGUAAGGUCAAUCAGGUGUUAAAACAUUGUUAAACUAAAAAUUGUUCUUUUACAAAAAGCAAUAACUCUGUACAACCAUAUUUAAUAUAAAAUUGAACAUUUUCAAGCUAGCUUGUAGCAAAAAAUAAUAUUCAAGUAGCAAUCUAGCAAUCUCAAAUUCUAGAGGUUGCAAUAUUGGCUUUGUUUAAAGAUAUUGACAAAACACAAAGUUUUAUGCUUAUAGCUUAGAAAAGAACAUGAAAUAUGUUUAAUUUUGUAGAAAUUAAAUAGUUUCUGAUAGGAGAAUUAAAUAAAAAACUCAUAUAGAACUACAAUUUUACUAUUAAAGUGUAAGAUAAAGUGUAAAAACAGCUAAAAAAUGUAACUGUCAGAUAGUAAAGGCAUAGAGAAUAAAUUAUGCACUUUAAAGUGCUAGCAUAUGUGAGCAAUUUGUUUUUUUUUUAUUUUUUAAAUGUAAAAAUACAUUUUCUACUGAUUAUGCUGUAAUUCUGUGAGGUUGUUGUAAUGGUUGUUAUAACUUAUAACAAUUUUUUUUAUAACAAAUUAAAAUUGAGGUCUAAAGUUAUGUCAUGUACUCAAAUUAGUGCAUUUACUAUGCAAAGAGUACUUUAAGUCAUUAUAAAUUAUAAUAAUUAAUUUAGUCAUAGCAAUAUUGAAGCAAUAAUUUAAUAAUAACUAAUUAUUACUCAAGGAAUGUGAUCUAUGUUUUGUGAUUUGACCCAUGUCUGUUACAAAGUUGCAUUAUGUAUAUUUAAUACAUAAUUAUAGGAUAUAUAAUACAUAUAUAUGUCUAAUAUCACCAUGACUUUAAUUGUGAUAGGCUUGUGAUAGGCAUCAGAGAUUUCGCUUGUGAGAACCACAAUGCCUAUAAUGUACCUAUAGGUUAUGUACACGUUAUGUGUUUACCUGUUUAGGGAUAUUAUGUUUUUUGUUUGUAACAAUAAUAUCUAUGAAUAGUAAUGACUGGCAGGUCUACAUAUUACACGUCUAUAAUUUUGUAAACGAAAAAAAGUCUCCUCCAAGAUUCUACUGAGAAUUGUUUUCAUGGUUGAACUCUAGACCUUCUGAUAUAGCCAAACAUGGAGAUCACUAGGUCAUCAAAGCAAUUAAAAGUAAUACUUUUUAUAUUCUACAAGGACUUAAAUAAAAUAAGCAAUGGUGCAUUGCAUUUAUAAUGCUUAGAGAUAUCAUUGGUUAAUAAGGUAAAUUAGUAUGAGUAAUAAAAUAUUUACUUAAAAAUACAAUUAACCUAUAGGGUAACAUUAUGUGCAAUUAUAUUCAUACAGAUGAUUUUUUUAUUCAUAUUUAUUAAUGUGAUUGAUGGUUUUAUAUUAACUCUCAUAUUAUGAUUAUGAGUAGGUACUGAGUACCUAGAUAAAAUUUAAUAACUACAUACUGCUUUUUCUGUAUUAACCUAUGAGUAUAACUGCCAUUUUAUAUCUAUAGUUCCAUACUUACAUACUCUUAUGAAAAUGAAAUAAUUGUUCUGUAGGCACAAAUUAAAGAUGAUUUUAUUUUUAAAUUUAGAUUUAUCUGAAUAUAACUUAAAAUAAAAUUCAUUUGAAUAAU